GCCAUCAAAAAGAGUACCCCGAACUUUCAAUUCAAUCCCCUUUUAUUAUUUUAAUAUAUACUAUUUAUACUUUCAAAUUAAUUCAUAGGCUAAAGACCAAAACAGCUUACUGUUUCACCAGCACCUGUUGUCGACAGAGGCUUUUAUUUUCAAUCCAUUUCAAUAAUUCAAGACGAAGAAACCGAGAACCGUAUCGGUUUCGGUUAAGGCCGUGUUUGGAUUGGAUCAAUCAGAGUUAGGGUUUUUCUCUCUGUAACUGUAAUGCUAUUGCUAUUCUCUUGGAGAUUGAACUCCCUAUCAGAAUGUCAACCCCUCGAAGCUCUGCCUAUCUCGAUGCCGUCACUCUAGAAAUCGAGAAGAAGCUCCAGCGGGCGCUAGCUUCUCCGACACAGCGGCGCAACUUGUUGCAGGAGUUGUUUGCUGACAUAGCUUUAGAGAUCGAUGAGCGAGCCAAAGAUAUGAUUCUCAGCAGGGAAGAAGAUGCAAUUUCUCCUGCAGAGGAUAGCAUGGAUGGUCAGCUAUGCUUUUAUGAUGUGCUUACUGACCAUUAUGUUCAGGUGCCCGCGAGUGGAAAAUGCAUCCUUGAUUUGAUUGUCCAACUAUGGAGCCAGUCAUUUGCAUCUCAUAUUUUUGCCUUGUUAUUCCACAAAUGGCUGUUUGAAGUUCAACUUGACAACUCUGAAGUUCUUCUUCGUUACUCAUCUGCUCUUAUUGAAGGUGCAACAAAUGUUUUCUGGAUUGAUACUCAAUCAAAUACAAGGCGAUUUCAAUCCCUCUUUCGUUAUCUUCUUGAAGAUGUUGCUUUGGAGCCCAAACGGUUGAAUAAAAUCCCUGUACAGGUCCAGCGAGAUCUAUUUCUUUUACUUUCGAGGUUUAUAUUUUUUUAUAACUCAGUUGACAAACUCGGGAGCUUCUUAAGGCAAUUUCCUCUUUUUCCGAAUGCUUUUCUGGUUGGUGGUGCAGAAGACUUCUUUGUUAUUGAACUUGCAGAUCAGCUUCAAAAACUGAAGGUGGAACCAGUAUUGCUGCACUAUCUGUCGCACAUAAAACUUCUCCAGGGAAUGGAUCUGAGAAUGGCCACAAGUACAAGGUUAAAGGCUUGUUUGUAUAGUUUCACUUCUCCUGGUGGUCCAAUGUACCCCACAAGAGCUGUUCGUCAUGCUGCCUGGGAUGCAUUAGAUUUGCUUUUUCCCGUUGGGAGAUAUCCGCGGCAUCUUAUAAGCCUGUUCUUCCGACUGUUGUAUCCGUGGUACUGGCCCUCUUCUUGUUGGAAUUUCAUAAUGGAUUGCAUAAAGGCAGUAUUGUAUUCUCUGUUAGGAUUAAUCUAUUCAAGUUUGGAGAAGCUGAGGAAGCCAAAGUUUUAAAUGCUGAGAGUUUCGAAAGACGUAGCCUCCUGUAUAGACUGAAAACCCCCAAGACCAAAACUCAAAGUUGUUUGAUGUGUGUUGUAUAAGUGAUUUUGCUCGGUUUUUGCCCUCGUCUGUUUUAGUUCGACGGAUAUGGAAUCAAAUAUAAGUGAUUUCUAUUUUAGCCUUCAAUUAGAUUUUCUCAA